AUCCUAGAAGAAGAAGAAGAACAAGAAAACCAUGAAAUUGCAUACCCAAUCAAGCAUGAAUCACAGAAGAGAUGAAGAAACAACAAUGUCAAUAUCACAAAACACCCCACCAUCAUCACCAAAGACCUUCAAACAUCCCAGAUCUCUUCCAAGAUCCAUCAAUUACCUUCUUAAAGAGCAAAGACUUCUCUUUAUCCUUGUGGGUAUUCUCAUUGGUUCAACUUUUUUCAUCCUUCAACCAAGCCUAUCUCUCCUUACCCCAUCUUCUCCAAUACCCCAAUCUUAUCAUGGGUUCGAUUCAGUUCCUGGUGUAAUUACCCAUACAUCUACUGUUACAACGCAGUAUAGGGGUGCAGGGAGGGUGCCUGUUGGGAUUGGGAGGAAACGGAUGCGGGUUGUGGUGACGGGUGGAGCGGGUUUUGUGGGGAGUCAUUUGGUUGAUAAAUUGAUUAAGAGAGGUGAUGAUGUUAUUGUGAUUGAUAAUUUUUUUACUGGGAGGAAAGAAAAUGUGAUGCAUCAUUUUGGGGAUCAUAGAUUUGAGCUUAUUAGGCAUGAUGUUGUUGAACCUAUUUUGUUGGAAGUGGAUCAGAUCUAUCAUUUGGCUUGCCCUGCUUCGCCUGUUCAUUACAAGUAUAAUCCCGUCAAAACUAUUAUAUCAAAUGUGAUGGGUACUCUUAACAUGUUGGGCCUUGCCAAGAGAAUUGGUGCAAGGUUCUUGCUUACUAGUACAAGUGAGGUUUAUGGUGAUCCACUUGAGCAUCCACAAAAGGAAACAUAUUGGGGAAAUGUGAAUCCAAUAGGUGUUAGGAGCUGCUAUGAUGAGGGAAAACGGACUGCUGAAACCUUGACUAUGGAUUACCAUCGUGGUGCAGAUGUUGAGGUGCGCAUUGCCCGAAUUUUCAAUACAUAUGGACCUCGCAUGUGUCUCGAUGAUGGACGUGUUGUAAGCAACUUUGUUGCCCAGGCCAUCCGCAAACAACCAAUGACAGUGUAUGGUGACGGGAAGCAAACACGCAGCUUUCAAUAUGUCUCUGACUUGGUUGACGGAUUAAUGGCCUUAAUGGAUGGUGAGCACAUUGGCCCUUUCAACUUGGGAAACCCAGGAGAGUUUACCAUGUUAGAGCUUGCCGAGGUGGUCAAAGAAGUGAUUGAUCCAAGUGCUACUAUUGAGUUCAGAGCUAACACAGCUGAUGAUCCUCACAAGAGGAAACCAGAUAUCAGCAGAGCAAAGGAACUGCUAAACUGGGAGCCGAAAGUACCCUUGAGGGACGGUCUGCCUCUCAUGGUCAAUGAUUUCCGCAAUCGCAUCUUAAAUGAAGAUGAAGGAAAAGGCAACUAAUAAAGAGGAGUAGCAACAACACUAGGUUGUAUAGACCAAGCUUAGUGUACUGUUUAUUGUUUUUGCUAAUAUACGAAGUUGAUAUUUGUUCUUUUUUUUUUCCCUCUUCAUUUUUGUAUCAAUAGCUAACUGGAAUGCUCAGUCAUCAGCCACUACUCUAGGCAGAUGCUUCGUGUAUCCGGUUUUUUGAAUUUUUUUUCCCCUAUACACAUCAUGUAAUUCUACAGGGAGAAAAUUUUGAGCUUUUAGCUUCAAGUUAACAAGUAAUUUGGUCUU